AGCACGGGCACCCUUGCCCUUUGAGACCGUGCCUAGUUGAGUACUGCUCCUUGGCUCCAGCUGCUUCUCCCUCCGACGGAACUCCUCCUCCGAGGUUUCGCAUGGGCCAGGCCCUUUUGCCCAGUGACACCAGCGAACGAAAGCCCGCCUCCUCGUCCUGUCCUCAAUACGUAGGAAGCGUCCUCUUUUCCGGAGCCAUUUUUCGCGGCACCAGCUUCUAGCCGGACUUUCUAUGGAGACGGGCUUCUGCCUUUCUCUUUUUCCCGCGUUAUGGCGGCGGAGGCAACAACGGCAGGGGCGCUGGCCCUCCUCUUUGCUUCGCUAUGGCUACUCUCGUCCUGGGGUCUCCGGCGCUGCCGCGGCGUGAGGUGGGGUGGAAAGCAUGCCCGGAAGCUUUUAUCCGACGGACCGACGCAGGGCGGAGAUGGCGCGACGCGCGCCCUGUUCGUGACGGCGCAUCCUGAUGACGAGGCCAUGUUCUUUGCCCCCACCAUCCUCUGCUUGGCCCGGGCUGAGCUAUGGCUCCUCUGCGGGUCCACAGGAAAUUACUACCAUCAAGGGGAUAUUCGUAAGAAGGAACUCCUGGAGAGCUGCAUGGCGCUUGGGAUUCCUCUGUCCCACGUCACCAUUGUUGACCACAGGGAUCUUCCGGACCAUCCUUCUGCUGAGUGGGACACGCAGCUGCUUUCUGCCCUGAUCCGCCAGCAUAUUGAGACAAACCGAAUCAACCUGGUCGUGACCUUCGACGCAGGAGGAGUGAGUGGCCACGCCAACCACAGAUCCCUUCACGCCGCAGUCAGGUAUCUGCACACAGAAAGGAAGCUUCCGGAAGGUUGCCGCGUCCUUACCCUGGAGACCGUCAGCCUUUUCCGGAAGUACCUCUCCAUCCUAGACGCCCCUCUCAGCCGCCUGCGGAGCCCAGAUGUUCUCUUCGUGCUGACGGAAGAGGAGGCCGAAGUGGCCCAGAGAGCCAUGCGGUGCCACCACAGCCAGUUCGUUUGGUUCCGCCGCCUGUACGUCUUUUUCUCGCGCUACAUGGUCAUCAACUCGCUUCGCUUCCUCUAACGGGAAAGGACGGAGCGACUGGAGAAGAGAGGCCGGCCGGUUGCUCCACAAGAGGCGAAGCACCUGCCCAAGACCUCACUGAGGAAUGGAACGCCAGACUGGCCUUCCCCGAGGGGUGGGGAGCUGCCGGCACAGCCCGGCCAGCUGGGCAACUUCUUCCGUGUGGCUGGCAGGGUUGUCCCUCCAGAUCUGGCCAGCUCUCGCCACGAUGGCAGAAGCCCAGAAAACAAACAACGGGUUUGUCAGCUCCUCUAACGACAGGCAAGCGUGGCACGUACAGCGUCAGAAAAGAGGAGUUCCCCCAGAACUGCCGUCGUAGCACCGUUUGCAAAUAUUUAAGCUAUUUCAAUUAAAAAUGCUAAUCUGAUACGACGACUGAAAACACAGAAGGGCUACUGUGCUGAAAGCAUUAACUGAAACUGAGCUGCAUAACCAGGCCAUGGAAUAAAGUCACGUUCGAGGCAGCAUUCAUGGAAGAGGCCUAGAAGAGGCUCGUAAGGAUCGCCACAAACUUCCCUGUAGGUCUUUGGUCAGGCCUGCCUUACCGGGAGGAUAAAAUGGGAAUGACUCAGUGUCCAUUGAACUUCUUAGAGAAGACGGGAAAUCAGUCCAGAGACAGCAGGUGAACUAGAGCUGGGGAUGGUAAGCGUCUAACCCAGACUCAGCCACACGCCUCACCAGGUAGGUCACCUGGAGCCAGGUGUGCAGUCUGGCUCACAGGGCUGUUGUAAGGUAUAAAAGAGCAUGUGAGAGGGAGAGACCCAUCCCUAGGACCCUGAACUCCUUUGGAGGGUGGACUAAAACCAGAACUUUUUCCUUUGCCUGAGGCAUCGCGGAAGACGCUUGGAGCCCGAAGCGUCACUCACGCCGUCAUGCUUCCACCUGGCUAGCUGAAGGGGACUUGAGCACCAUCACCCUUCCAGGUAUGCUGGGUUACAAGUCCCAUCGCUCCCCAGCCAGCUGUAGCCCUACACCACGGGAGGGCACAAGGUUGGGGAACGGUGGAUGCUCCCAUCCUCCUUUGGCUCGUGCCCAAUGGCAGCAGAAUCACGGGGCCCAGGAGCGGUUCUCCCACGGCCCACUUCACCAGCCCCUUGGUCUCUUCUCCUGCUGCAGGCGAUCCGACCAGGUCGUACGGGGAUGGGCAAUGGCGUGGCUUGCGCCCUUAAGGGUGGGGCUUUGCUAGCUGAAAAGGGGCCCUCCCCAAAUCCAGGCAGCUUUAACAAAAAGAACCAUAAGACACCAAUUCCGAGUCCCCACUGUAGGGUCCCCAGGAAGCAGGUUAGCAUAAAUCCUGGUCUGAGAGGGGAAAAAGAUUCUUACGGCUUUUGUUGUUGAAAACUGAAAGUUUGGCCUAAGAUGCAUUCUUGGAGUCCAGCGGAAUCCUUUAUCUGCCUUCUGAGCCAUUAGUAAGCACUAUUUGUGGAACAGUGAGGACUAGCCACUUUUACGUGCAUUAUUAAAUUUCUUUUGGUCUAUUCACACCAA